AUGAAAAUUUUUGAGGCCCUAUUAGAGCUUCAAAAUACGUUGUUAAAGUAUUAUCUGGCAACCAUACAGUAUCUAUACCACGAAUUGCUAACUUUAUUUGAAAAUAAGGUUUCUAUUGACGUGGAAAAACCUGAUUUGGAAAGAAUAAGUUUUUAUACGUCGCUUAUUGAAAAGUAUCAAUACCAAAUUAUACAGUUGACGGAUUUUAACAAGGGUCAUACAAUUUACAUGACUUUACAACAGAUUAUCAACAGUGGUAUACAAGAUGUCCUCGUCACUAUCACAGCUUUGCGUAACCUGGAGCAAAAAUUGAUCAGAGUCUCUAGUGAAGCAUUAUUAAUUCAACCAGGAAUUGAGGAAAAAUUAAAAUGGAUCAUAAAUGAAAACAAUCAUUUACACAAUUUUCAAAAUGAUCAAGAUAGAUACCAAGCUUUUUUUGCGAGAUUGAAAAAUGAAAUAAAUGACGUUCCACCACCACAAUAUACUUGUCUGUCGCUAAAUAAGUUUGUGGAGGAUAUUGUCAAUGAAUAUUCUUUAGAUAUUCCGGUUCUUGAAAUUGUCAUUGACAAAUUGAAUAGAAAUCAUAGCGAGGAAGAGCUUUACUUAGAAAAGUUACAGAAUACUAUUUUGCAACAUAUCUUGGAACAAGAAGUUGACACUUCAAGUGUAUCCUUCACAGAACAAGAAAUUAAAGUUAUAGAUAUAAUGGAAAUACUCACUGCUCACAUAGAUUUUUUCAAACGAUUAUCCAAGAUCUAUAUUAAAUUUGACAAAUUAUUACUUCAAAAGUUAAGGCUUGAUAACUUGCCAGCUCCUGAAUCGGUUGAAAUCAAUUCUCAUAUUGCCAAAAAACUUGACAAUUUUAUUGCAAAUUUAGUUGCCGGAGGGACAGUAGGGUUGAGCACAGAACAAACUUAUAUUCUGGUUUUUAGUUUUAUCCAAAAUAUUGCAUUUCAGUUUCGAACGUUUAAUGAAAAUUAUAUAGGAUACAUUCCUGAAUCUAGACCAGCAAGAUAUGGAGACGACGAAUCAUUUUGGACAUUGGUUAAAGAAUACAUUGCCACCUUACUUCGAGUGACCAAAUUUUUAGAGGACCCUAAUGGGUGCAACCACGAUGUAAAUAUUAUCAUGGGCAGUUCAAAAGAGGAGUUUGAACAAUUGGAAAAUGAAGCUAGAGAGUAUUUCUUUGCAUUGUUACCUUUUGAGAGGAUUUUUGAAUGUGACGAAAGGAUUGUGAACCAUCAAUUGGGUGAAAAAAACUAA